AUAGAUAUGUCAUCAAUGAAUGUUAGAAGAUUACUCCCUAAUAGGGAGAAGAGGGAGAGAUCUCAACCAGCUGCUGUAAAGGGAUUCAUGGAGAGGAAGAAGGACUAUGUAAAGCGUGCUCGUGAUCAUAACUACAAGAAGAAUAGGAUAAAGAAACUAAAGGUGCAAGCUGCACUAAAGAACCCUGAUGAGUUCAGAUUCCAAAUGAUCAGUUCAAAGAUUAUAAAUGGUGUACAUCAUAAUAUUAGCAAGACAAAGUUAGAAGAUGAACAACUGUUAGAUAUAAAGUCACAGGAUCAACAAUAUCUGCAAGGCAAGAGAGUGUCAGAAGAGAAGAAAAUCGAUAGAUUACAAGCAGAGCUACAGUAUAUAGAUGCAGGAUUGAAACCAACAGAUCAUAUGAUAUUCUUGGAUGGCGAUAAGGAAGUUAAGAAGUUCAACGCUGUCAAACAUUUUGAUACGAUACCAGAAGCAUUCUCUCAAUACUCUUCAACCAUACCCCUGAUGUCACGUUUGAAACAGGGAUCACUGGUCGUCAAUCCACAUAGUGCACCAUCACUUGCAGAGAUCGAGGCCAUGACUGCCACAUCCUACAAAGAACUUGAGGCCAGAAAGCAGAGGAGAGAGGAGCUGUACAAAGCAGAGCGCGAGUUGGAUAGUCAGAAGAAUCAGAUU